GGAGGAGAGGAGCUGACUGGUCAGAAACACACACAGAAGACUGGAUAGAGCUACACCUACUGUACUGGUGACUUCCAAGCAUCAUGUCUCUUCUCAGACGACAGCUGGUGGUCUCAUUGAUUCUGUUCUCAGUUCUGGGUUCAGUUGUCUCUAUUUUAAUCACAGAACCAGAUCAAAAUACCUGUAAGACCUUCGGCAGUGGGGUCGUCAGGACGUACAACAGCACAUUGUUCUACGUGCGGUCCACCUGCCCUUUCACUCUCACACGCUUCACCUACAACCGGGUUGACUUUGACAUCACCGUUCAGCGGGAUGACCACGGCCUGCUGACCCGAGUGGAGAUUUUUGUCAACAAGAUCAGAACCGUUCUCCAGAACGGGACUGUCUUCGUGGAACAGAAAAGUGUCUCGCUCCCCUACGACCACACCUACCAGCACAUCUUCCAGUACGGGAUCUACACCCGGCUGAGGAGCACAGUGCUGCCCGUGUCGGUCACCUGGCACAGCACCACCGGUGGCAUAGACUCACUCUGGGUCAAUCUUCAGAUGGCGCUAACCAGUGAGAUGGGUGGGCUCUGUGGUGCUAGGGAUGUUGUAGACAAUAGAGAAAGGCUGAUAGCAGCUAGUGUCCUUUCUGGGGAGAAAUGCCAGACCAAAGACUCCCUCAGCACACUUAACAUGGUAUGCAGAGAUUUUCUGUCCAUGGCUAUGGAAUGUGUCCUGACCCAAAUGUCCUCCAAACUAUACUUGGCGCUCUGUUACCAGAAUAUUUAUGGCUUUGAAGGAAAUAAUGCAGUGAAAUGCUCUUUCUACAACGAACUACUCCAAAAAUGUGCAAGGACCAGCAUUAUUUGGUUCAUGUGGAGAACUGUGACAAAAUGCAAUCCUGAUGUUUGUCCAGGGGAGCUGGUCUACCAGGAGAAAGGUAACGCAUAUAACCCCUCUUGCUCCAGCCCCUCCCCUGUGACCAGCGGGCAGGACCUCAUCAGCACUUGUGUCUGUCAGGAUGGUAAGGUCCUGAAUGAUCGAGUGGGGAGCCACAGCUGUGUGAUGGUGUCAGACUGCCCGUGCGUUCAUGCAGGGCGGACUUACUCGCCUGGACAAACACGCAGCACCAAAUGCCAAACAUGUUUGUGUAAAAACGGCAAGUGGCAGUGCUCCAAAAAUAUUUGCCCACCAAGAUGUAUCAUUGAAGGGCGAUUUGUGACCACAUUUGAUGGAAAAGACUAUUCAGUUCCUGGCAUGUGCACUUAUGUCGCUUCACAGGGCAUCAACUGGACCAUAUCCAUCCAGUACUCUGAGACAACAUCUCUGAAAAAUGUCAUUCUUCAGGUGUACAAGGAUACCUACACAUUUUCUCACCAAAGUGUGCAAUUUGAGAACAUGGAUAUUCUAGAGCUUCACCAGUCUGAGAAUGCUCUGGUGUUCUGGCAGUCAUCCAUGUACGUUCAGGUCGAGACCACCUUUGGCUUGAAGGUUCAAGUCCAAGUGAGCCCUGAAGUCCAACUGUAUAUCACCGCACCAGCAUCACACACUGGAAAAACCCACGGACUCUGUGGAAACUACAACUCCGACACCACUGAUGACUUCACUGCCAGUAGUGGUAUAGUGGAGAACUCUGCGGAGCCCUUCGCCCUGUCCUGGAGUGUGGGGGCCUGCUCUCCUGACAUACCCAAAGUCUGCAUCAACGCUGACAACGAAAGAUUUUCAGAAGAAAUGUGCCCAAUCUUGACAGACCCCAAUGGAAUAUUUUCAAAGUGUCAUGAGCAUAUUCCAACUGACUCUUACUUUAAGGAUUGCAUCCUCAGAACGUGUAACUGUAAGAGCGGUCUACGGCAGUGCCUGUGUGUCUCUCUGGCCAACUAUGCCAAGGCCUGCGCCUACCUCGGUGUUGCCGUAGGUGACUGGAGAACAGCUACCAACUGCACCCAAAUAUCCUGUGAGAACAACCUGAAGUUUGAUUACAACAUGCAGGCGUGCAACCACACCUGUCUCUCCCUGUCCGGGCCCGACCCCAGGUGUGGGGUGGAGGAUGCACCUGUGGAGGGAUGUGGCUGCCUGGAGGGCACCCACCUGAACAAGGGCCUCACCUGCAGCCCCAAGGCACAGUGCCCCUGCAGCCACCAGGACAGCUCCAUCCCCACAGGUCCUGUUGUCAUUGAUGGUCGGCAAUGCAAGUGUGAGAAUGGAGAAUUAAGCUGCUCUGAGGAUUGCGGUUGCCGUGGUGGGAAAGUUUGCGUGCACUGUUCCCAUUAUUCAGUCAACACAGCUCAGAAGACCUGCGCCAGUCUCAGCAAACCAGUGAGCUCCAGCGUGAGCUGUGAGAGUGGUUGUUACUGCCCAGAGGGCCAGUACGAGGACCACACAGGUGUGUGUGUCAAUCUGGACAACUGCACCUGUGUGCACGGCGGUGCUGUGUUCAGAACUGGACAGAGUGUUAACAGCGACUGCAGAACAUGCUUGUGUAGUCACGGCCAGUGGACCUGUGUUGAGAAGCCCUGUAUUAGACAGUGCCAGGUGUAUGGGAACGGACACUACCAGACAUUCGACUCCCGGUGGUAUCGCUUUGACGGCAACUGCCAGUACACCCUGGUGGAGGAUGACUGCGGGAGCGGCCACGGUUCGUUUUCUGUUCGAGUGGAGAGCGUCCCCUGCUGUGAUGAGGCUCUCACUUGCUCUAGGGCCAUAGUGCUGGACCUGCAGGGCGUGGUAACCCUUACCUUGAGUGACAUGCGUGUGACAAGGCGCCUGCAGGGAGGCUGGUCCUUGGAGGCGGAGCCUGUGUACUCGAGCCACACGGUGGGCCUGUACAUCAUGGUCUCGGUCCCCAGCCGCGGCCUCACCCUGAUCUGGGACAAACACACCCGGCUCACCGUCCUCCUGGAGGACCGCUGGAGGACUCGUGUGUGUGGCCUGUGUGGAAACUUUGACUCCAAUGAGAGGAACGACCUCCAGAUGUCUGGCUCAUCAGUGGUGUCCAGCGCCGUCACGUUUGGCAACAGCUGGAAAACAGCCAAUCCCCCGUGUUCAGACGUGACCAAGGAGGUGUUCCCGUGCGAGCGCCACUCCUACUGUUCGGCGUGGGCGGAGAGACGCUGCAUGAUCAUCAGAAACACCUUCAAGGAGUGCCACAUGAAGGUGGACCCAGAGCCCUACUACGAGGCCUGUGUGCAGGAGUCCUGCUCCUGUGAGUUUGAGGGGAAGUUCCUGGGCUUCUGCACGGCAGUGGCAGCCUAUGCCGAGGCCUGCAACUCCCACAACGUCUGCGUCCGCUGGAGAACGCCUGACUUGUGUCCUGUGUACUGUGACUACUACAAUGAGCAGGGUCAGUGUAGCUGGCACUACGAGCCAUGUGGGCAGGUCAAGACAUGUGGCAAGAACAAUCGUUUUACUGGCAAGCUGGAAGGUUGCUACCCGAGAUGUCCUGAGGAGAUGCCAUACUAUGAUGAGAACACCGGGGAGUGUUCCACUUUGAGGAACUGCAGUUGUUAUUUCAAUGACACUGUGCUUCCUCCUGAUGCAGAGGUGGGGAACUGCAAGUGUGAGGGGGGAACAGCUACAACCACAACUGAACCUACAACCACAACUGAACCUACAACCACAAAAACUGGACCGACAACCAUGACUGAACCUACAACCACAACCAAGGCUACAACCACAACAACUGAACCUACAACCUCAACAACUGAACCUACAACCACGACAACUGAACCUACAACAACAACUGAAUCCACAUCCAUCAUAACUGAAUCUACAACUACAACAACUGAAGCUACAACCACAACUGAACCUACAACUAUCUUUACAACAACUGAAUCUACAUCUGCAACACCUGAACCUACAACCACAACUGAACCUACAACCACAACAACUGAAUCUACAACAACAACAACUGAAUCUACAUCUGCAACACCCGACUGGGUGACAACAACAGCAACCACAAUAGAAACCACAACCCCUGGAGGCUGUGUGGACCAAUUCAGGAACCAGAGCUGGUUGAAUGGUCAGGAGUGGAAGGAGGAAUGCUCCACAAAGAUCUGUAAGAACGGGAAGAUUGAGGUGACGCCAAUCCGCUGUCCCCAAACUACUGAACCUAGUUGCCCCAGAGGACAAGCAGUCAAGGUCAAACAUGAAUGCUGUGAAUUCUGGGAGUGUAACUGUCUCUGUGAUGUAUACGGCGACCCCCACUACAUCUCCUUCCAGGGCGUGACCUAUGACUUCCUGGACAACUGCACCUACAUCUUGGUAGAAGAGAGGUUGCCACGGCACCACCUCACCGUUGUUGUUGACAACUACUUCUGCAUUGAGGGCCUGAUGGGCUCGUGUGCCAAAGGCAUCAUCGUGACAUACGGCAACACAACCGCCACCUUGAACAUUGCACCAGACGAGGAGAGAGUUGAGUCUACCCUGAACCAAGUGGUUGUCAAGCCACCCUAUGAGGACCAGGGCAUACGGUUUCAGACAACAGGGUACAUUGUUUCCAUCUACAUCAGAGAGAUCCGCUCCCAGAUUUCUCUCUCUCCAUUGAACACUCUGACGGUCACCCUUGCUAUGGAGCACUUUGAGAACAACACCCAGGGACAAUGCGGUGUGUGUGGUGGGGGCUCCUGCGUGCGUAGAGGAGGCCAGGUGGAGGAGGACUCCUGCUGUGAGAAGACGGCCUAUGACUGGGUGAUCGGUGACCCUCUGAAGCCUGACUGCCGCUCCGCACCCAGGGACGUCCCCUGUCACCUGCCGCCAACCACCCCACCUACAUCCAGGCCAAACACGACCACCACGACCAUCCCAACCACCACAACCCCUCCGUGCCCUGGCAGUCCGCUCUGUGACCUCUUCCAGCACCCGGUGUUUGCAGAGUGCAGACAGCGGCUGAACCUCAGUCUUUCUGAGAGGAACUGUAGGUAUGACUCGUGUCAGAUCGGGAACAUGGCCUGCUCCUCUCUGGAGCAUGCUGCAGAUGAGUGCAAGAAGGUGGACGUGUGUGUGGACUGGAGAAGCCUCACCAACGGCACCUGCAAUGUGAACUGUUCAGCGGGGCUGAUCUACAGUGAGUGUCGAAGCCAGCUAGACAGCUUCUGUCGUGGAGGUGAGCUUGUCUCAGGCGAGGUCCUGGAGGGGAUGAAAAGUGGCUGCUUCUGCCCCGUCGGUCUCCUCAGAUCGGAGCAACACAGGAGCACCUGUGUGUCUCCUCCAUGCAGCCCCUGUAAGGGACCUCUUGGAGAGCCCAAGCAGGUUGGAGAGAGUUGGAAGUCCAACUGUCACAUGUGCACGUGUAACAACCAGACUAAAAGCGAGGAGUGUGUCCUCCUCCCUCUCCCUCCCGCCCCCCUCUGCAGCGGCAGCUCACAGCUGCUGCCUGGCUGCUGCAACGAACAAGUCUGCGUUGAGAAGAUAUGUUCGCACGAUGGAAUGGAGUACAGGGUUGGAGACACGUGGACAGACCCUGCUCAGCCCUGUGUGUCCUAUAGUUGUACCAGGAAUGGCGUUCAGACAAACACCAGGGUUUGUCCCAAACAGAACUGCCCCCAGGAGAGGAGAGUAUGGGAUGAUCGACAUUGCUGCUACACGUGUAACCAGACAUGUGCCCCCAGGCUAUCUUUCGCAAACAUCACAUUGAACGAGUGCAGUGCCACCCUCAGACUGCCAAUCUGUGAGGGUCAGUGUGACACUAAGACCAGCUGGGUGUUGGUUGGAGGGCUGAUCCAGGUGGAACAGUGCCAGUGUUGCAGAGAGCAGAACUACGAGUGGAAGAAUGUGAGCCUGGCGUGCGCUGAGGGACCCAGACAGUACCGGUAUCAGCAUAUCACCAGUUGUCACUGCAAGGGUUGCCCUGUGCUGAGGUAAAGCUGCUGACUGCUCCUCAACCCAGAGGCUGUUGUAAGGAACCUAGAACAAGAAGUAGCAGCUGUUUCAAUCCCAACAGCACCAUUUAUAGCGUUGAUUAACAUAGAUAGACACAAUAGGAGCACUGAACAAGAUCACCUGUCUUACUUUUUGUAAUUGUAUGAAUUAAAUUUGAUCUGAUAAAAAUGUGAACACAUUUUCAUGGAAAUGAAACAUUAAAUCUUUAUUGUGGAAAAGAUAAUUUUUUAAGGUUUUCAAAUAGCAUGAUUUAACUCUUUUUUUGCCUGGCAUGUGUCUGGUUUAUUGAUUAUUUGGUUUGACAGUGUUGUCAGACCUGAUGGGACACCCUGGACUGUCCUAUAAAAGUACACACACAUACUGCACACUCUUUCUUGAAGUUCUAGCAACAAUGCACACAAAUGGUAUUUUUAUGGUCUACUGCUUUAAUAUACAUGUAUACAAUUGAUAUAAUGUUGAUUUACAUUAAAUUGAUUAAACAUUUUUUCAAAUAAA